AUGCAGCCUGGGAAUUCUUCAGCCCUGCGACUGUUUGUUUUUCAGGGCCGGCUAUCCUCAUCCUUGUACAACUUGGCCGAACGGACAGGGCCACGAUGUCUGCCCCUGUUGACUCCACGAGUGGCCAAACAUGGCUUUAGCAGCUCUCAAACAAGAUACUCCAAACAAGGAAACAGCCCCAGAAUCCCACUGCGCCUGAUGCCCCUAGGAGGCUCAAUAACGUACGGCAUCGGCUCGUCCACCGGAAACGGCUAUAGGGAGAAACUAAACGACAUACUCGCCGCCCGAGGUCAUCAAACAACGAUAGUCGGGUCCCGCAAGUCCGGCACAAUGGCUAACAACGACAACGAGGGGUGGCGUGGGUACAGAAUCGACCAGAUCCACGAGAAGGCAGUAAAGUCGGCUGCGCGGUACUUGCCGAACUUGUUUACGGUGAAUGCUGGCGCGAAUGAUUGUCUGCAGGAUUAUGAGAUCCAGACUGUGGGUGUGAGACUUGAGGCAUUGGUUGAGGAGCUUUGGGAGAUUGCGUCGCCUGGUGCGACGGUUGUGCUUUCGACGUUGGUUGUGGCUGUUGAGGACGGGAUGAAUUCGCGAGUUUUGAGGGUGAAUGAGCAGAUCAGGGAUUUGGUGGAGAGGAAGGUGGCUGAUGGUAAGAGGAUAGUCCUUGCUGAUCUGUAUAGUCCUAGAGGGCCUCAGGUUGGGGAUUUGGUUGAUGAUGGGAUACAUCCUAGCGAUGAGGGAUAUGUCAAGAUUGCAGAGAUUUGGGCAGAUAGUAUUGGGCAAGCUGCACGAACUGGUAUGCUCCAACAUCCACUGGCUGGGCGCAAUCGCAGGAACUAG